AUGCGAGUAGGAUCGUGGCGCAUCGAUAUGAACUAUCCCGCAAAUUCGACGAGAUUGGGAGCAAUUCGUUUGGAAAACGCAAUGAUGAGCGCUAUGCUAAAAUUAUACGAGAAAGUGGAAACGGUGUCGGUGGCAUUGCUUGUCGAUGGUCUACGUAUUGAUGAUCGCACACCUUUCUAUUCUGAAUUGUAUCCGGAACGAGUCAUCCUGAGUCAUGGUGGCACUAGCGUUCUGCCUGCACAUGCGGAAAUCAAGAUCUUGAAGUAUAGCCCUCACAUGAGUCUAUGUAUUCUAGCCUUCUACCUUUUUCAACUUCCAGAUACUUGGGUGAAGACAGCUCUAGAGAAUGUGAUCUCAGAGUUGAUGUUGUAG